AUGGAGACCCCACGGCGGGUGCCUCGUGGUCCUUUCAUCAUGCCGGAUGGCACAUCCCUGGCCGCCUUCAUGCGCGCCGAGGAGCCUGUGACCCGGCCCAAGCGCAGCAAGCCGCAGGCCCCCUCCCGCGAAUGGGUGUCCGACUGGCUCACCACCUCCGGCUCCCAGCCCCCCUCCAUCCCCGAGCUGGACGCGCUGCAGAGGAUUGGUCAGAGACGGCAGCGGCGCUGGCUGAACAACCGCCUGCUCCUGGCCCUGGCGGGGCGGCUGACCGCGGCCGACAUCGAGGGCCUUUUCAAGCCGGUGCCCUUUGGCGCGCCGCGCCCACCCACGGUCUGGGAGACGCUGGCGGAGGAGCGGUACGGGGCGUUGCGCGAGUCCCUGCGCAGCCUGGACCCCGACACCCAGGCGGACCUGCUAGCCAUCGGUGGCUUCCUGGCCCAGCCCGGCGCCGGGGACGAGCUUGUGUUUGAGGGGCUGGAUAGCUUCGGGCGCCUCCUCUGUCACAGCCUGGCGGAGUUCCACGGUCUCAGCUCCACGAGCCGGGCGGACGGGCUGGGGGCCAAGGCGGUGGUGCUACGGCGCGAGGGCCGCGGAGACCACCCCGCCCCCUCCUGCACAGCCCUCCUGCUGAUGAUGCAGGGGGGGCCGGGAGGCUCGGGGACCCCUGACAGCCAGGGUUUCGCGGCAAAUGCAGAAGCAGGACGCUCCUUGGUGUACAGGCCUGCCGUCCUGGCGGCAUGA